AUGAGUACGUCUGGCCGUCCAAGUGGUUUUGGUCGUGGAUCUUUCUCUGGUGGACGUAGUUCUGAAGUUGAGCGUAUUAUUGCAUCUGCUGAUGUUGAUACGACGUUUGCUGGUAAGAAAGCACGAUAUCGUGGUCGUCGUUCUACAUGGCCAGUACAUAAUAAUGUGAAUGAGACCGAAGCUACUAAUGAAGCGGCUCAGGAAGCCCAAUUUACGGACGGGACCCAAAUUAAAGAUGGCAAUCCAGUGGAUAAAACCUCGGAUUUAUUACAAACCAAUCCAAAAACAUAUGUGGAUAAAAUGUGUCAACAGCCGAAUUACUUGAGUAAAAAUGGACGGAUUUUUGCCGUCCUAGGAGAUGGUACUUCGACUCAAAUUGAUAUUAAAGGAAUUAAUUGGAAAGGAAUGGAAGAUAAUAAAGGAAUACCGAAAGGAUUAUGGGACAAUACGCUCGAUGGCAAUUCAUUGUAUCGGUUUGGAUAUUUUCUACGUUCAAAUCGAUUUAAUGCCGUACGAUUUCCACUCUCGAUUGAUGCAGUUAUGCGCAAUACGGAAAUUGAUACGAAUUUGAUUAAUACGAAUUCAAAUCGUGCAUUGGCUACAGCUUCACGUUACAAUACGUUACUAGGUCUGUUAGUACAGGGAUUGGGACAAUUUAAUAUUGGUAUUGUACUGGAUUUUCAUGUUUUAUCAUCAACGGAUGAUGAUAGUUCGGGUCUAUGGUACGGCUCGUCUAUUAAGCUUGCGGACAUUAAGACUGCAAUUACGAACUUGGCCGAGGCCAUGUGUGAUUCAACGCACUUUAAUAUCAUUGGCAUUGAUCUAAAGGAUAGUUUGAGUACAGACGCAACGUGGGGGGAUGGAUCGGACACGGACUGGGCAGCAGCGGCCACGGAAUUGGGUAAUCACAUGCUGGAAAAAUGUCCCAAGUGGCUAGCUUUUGUCCAGGGUGUCCAGGGUGAGAGCCACAAAGACGCGUACGGGGACCGUUUGCUUAAGAAUACCUUUUUGCCUGGAUCGGAUCUCACUGGUGUGAGUACAAACCCCAUUGAGCUGGAAAUCGACAACAAGGUCGUGUACGCGCCCAAGUAUUACUCGAGCUCGUACACCCCGAGACAAUUUUUCUUUGCGGAGGGUACGACGGACGGCAACUUGUUGGAAGAUUACGUCGAGUAUGCGGACGCUGAUCUGUUGGCGAACGUGAAGCUGAACAUGAAUUACUCGUUUGGUCCGGCUUUUGACACGGGCAUGGCUGUAGUACUUUCAUCAUUUGGUGGUCUCGUCGGUGAUCUAGACGCGACGGACAAGCAGACAAGCACGCGAAUCAUCAAUAACGUUAUCUCUCAGAUGGCAGGCUCGACGGAGCCGUACUUGGCCGGUGGUUUCUGGUGGACGCUGAACCCCGAUACGAUGUGGGCAUACCCAGCUCCUGAUGACGCGAACGCCACGGCUCAAGGUCUGGUGGAUGAUACGUGGCGUGCAGCGACAAUGGAUGUGCUGAAAGUACUGGCGUCUAUGAACAAGACCAUGAGCAGCGUGAAGUUCAUUCCCUGCUCUACGUAA